CUUCACGGCUGUCAGAAGAUGAACUACUCGCUCCUGAAGUACAUAUUUGAGAAGUGUCCGAAGAUAGAGAAGCUGAUAAUCGCCAACAACUUACUGGCCGACCGACAGUACGCGGAGUUGGUGUCACGCCUGGAACACUUGCAGAGCCUGGAAGUGUUCGAGAAUCGGAGAGGUGCGGGGCCCGUGCUGCUGCGCUUCCUGGCAGACACCUGCUCGAAGUUGCGGGAGAUAAACCUCAGCUGUGACUACCACCCACUGGAGGACGUCGAGUACUUCGUGAAGGCCAAGAGGGACACACUCACUUCUGCCACCGUGCGCUGGACCAUGGCGGGGAAGAGAUGUGUGGUUCCCGUGCUGAAAGAGGCCGCCAGCUCUCUCGAGAAACUGCAGCUGCGCCUCUUUGACGUGGCACCCGAGGAGGAGGCCGCGACGUUUGCAGAUCUCUGAGAGCUGCACAACCUG